UUAAGAUCGCGCGCCAGUCCGCACCGUGCUGCCGCCGGCGACGCUCGUGUCGUGUGGCGCCGCGACGCCGAACGUCCGACAUCGCGAAAAAAGUUUACAUACGAAACUUUCCUAUCAGACUUUCCUUUCAACCUGUGUCCUGUUGAAUUGGAACAGUCUCGUCGUCUAACUGCUGAACGCGAGUAGUGACCUUCUAAAACCGGAAUUUUGCAUCCUCCGAAACGGGUUUAGUCUCGGAGCCCGCUGCGCAGGACUUUCGUGAAGUGCUAACUUGAUUUUCAGAGUGGUGUGUUUGUGCGAGCGACUGGAUUUUUCACACAAUCAGUACACGGAACAGGGGUGACGUUGUUCCGUCAGUUCUUAAGGUCGGCUCCCUAGUAAAAGUGCUUUUAAAAGUUUCAAGCAUGCCGCCGCCCGCGUGAGUGAUGAGCGGCCGCGGAGCGGGCGGGCAGCGCUGCCAGCUCAUCCUGCAGCGUUGCCUCGCGAUACAACUCACGAAGCCAGGCAAUGCGCCCGACGACUUUUGGAUGUACGACUCGGGAUACCUCUUGUUUCAGAGUUUCCUAGCAGCAAACGCAAAAUGUUGGUGGGCGGGGGCCCUGGCCGCGGCCACGGCGGAGCUCCGUUACGCGGGGUACGUGUCGCCCGGGGUGCUGCUGGUGGCCGGAGCCCCCCGGGCCCUGGAGACGGUGCGGGGGGCGUACGCGCGUUCCGUACUCAAGCCUCCUCCGACAUACCUUAUAUGCGGACUUGGUGACAUCGAAGACUGCAUAGUGACGCCGGCAUACCAGGGGCAGUUCACGCCGCUCCCGGAGGCGUUGUGUGAUUGCAUCAUGGACCUCACGUCCCAGGGGCAAUCGGCAACGCUAGAGAGCAUAAGAACAUCACUCACGUCGAAGUUCCCUUCGAUGCAGACGCCAUCACAAGAAGUAGUGUACGACACGCUCGCCCAGCUGAUGCAGGAGAGGAAGAUCUACCAGACAUCCAGGGGAUUCUUUAUCGUGACACCAGAGCGCCGUCGCUCGCGGUCGCGCUCGUCCUCAAGACACCACCAGAACGGCAUCGAUGAUGACUGCCCCUCGCCCCGCACCAUCCUGAUGUCGGACCAGGAAGCCCUGCACCACCUGUAUGGAGAGAUCACCACGGUCAGAGACGGCGCUGUGACGCACCAGUGCGUGCAGACAAACCUCGCUGACGUUAUAUGUGGCGGCAACCCCAACGACAAGAUCCUGUACGGGAGGCCGAACAAGCGUCGCAGCGCGUCUUUCCCAGCCCCAAGGUCCCUCGACCGGCGCCACUCGCUCCGGAUCUUCGGAUCCUCUAGCAAGUACCUGCAGCGAUGCGCCUCUACCAGGAGUCUCCACCACAAGAACGUCAACACGACGGACAGUUCGUCCUCCACCGAUUACCCGCCAAGCGUAGAAUCUGCGUCGCCAAAAAAAGUGUCCCUGUUGUCCCGCUUAUUCAGACGAAGCGGCCGCAGCAAGCAGACGCGCGCGAUGAGCACAUUCUCUGCCCAGUUCCCACCCACCGAGUGGUUCAACUCUAAGGCGGUACAUCUGCACUGUGUCGCCACUCAGACCAACUCAAAGGAGUCAUUGCAGAGUCAAACAUCCUUCGUCUCAUCUUACUACGAUGGUUCAGAGAUCAGUAAUCGGUCGUCGACGCUGCCGCGCCGUCACAAAAGGCAUCUGUCAACCGAGUCUGGCCUUGCGGGCUCCGUGGGCGACCACUCUCCCGUCAGGCAGUCCAGCCCCAGCUCCGGAAGUCUUCCACGGUCUACACUCAGCCGGAGUUCCACCAACAAAACUAUCUUAGACCAUUUUGGAUCCCCUCAAAGAAGCAGCGACCCCAAGUUGCGUGACAGUUCUAGUGGAAGUUUGAGGAGGAUCGACUAUUCCAAUUCAGAUCACAUCAUGUCUACCAGCGGCCCUUCAAGCCUUGAAAGUACAACACCACAAAGAACACCACGAAAAGAUCUCAGAAAUGGCCAGUCCGAUCAGAACACAUUGAUAAAAAAGAACUACCACACAAGUGGUAGCAGUGGCCACUCCAGUCUUGAGUCACACAUAUCAGACCGCACGUUAAAGCCGUCUCCUAGUCACACAAACGCCGGCGCGCCCGGUCUCAGUAGAGCACAGUCUCUCGUCAAAGUGCAGAGUUUGCAGAGCUCACCGAAGUCCCUCCAUAAGUAUAGAACCAAGCCACCUCUUGUUGGUGGGGAAACAGUUAAAAACGGUAAAAGCACCUCCCCUAAAAGUUCACCAAAAAACUGCCCGAACACCCCAAAAAAAACCGCAACCCCUCUGCAUAAAACCAUAGGGUCCAAAGUUGAAAACCCUGCGACAACAAUGUUAGCGAGCUCCAAUUCUAACAACUCGAUCACACUAAAAGUUACCACGAAUACCAUAUCACAAAAUGGUGGCGGCACUAACACCAAAGUUUAUGUUCAGAAUUCACCAGUGCGGUCAGUUAUAACAUUUGAAAAUGGUAAAGUCACAGAAACCAGUAACGGGAGCAAUAUUUAUAUCAUCAACGACGACAGGCAGGUUGUGUCUGUUUCGCAAAACGGAGUCACGAAUCAGACUGCAAAAAACCCCACUGAAACAUCGUUCGAUGUUUGCGUUGAAAAAAACAAACAAAUGUACAAAGAAUCGGAGCCGAUCAAAGUGCAAGAAAACAAAUUCAAUAAAAAUUCAAUGAACGAUACGGGUAUGAACAAUAAUCGUAAACUUUCAUUACAAAUAGGUGGUGCGACAAAUAACAACAGUUUUAUUUACAAAAAUCAGUUAAACAAUACCAAUGAAGUUGCGUCUAAUCCGUCGUCUCCUGCAAUACAUAAUAAUAUAAAUAAUUUAGAUACUACUACUAAUAGCAAUCCAUCCACACCCACGAAGAGUUAUGACAACAUCAUUGGAUCGUUGGGAAGUUUAAGGUACCAGAAGAAUUCUCUGUCAUCCGCUAACAGCGGAAUACAGACUAACAUAAACUCAAACAGUGAACUGAAAAGCGUAGAUUUGUUGAAGAAAGCGGCUGCAUUGCAAAUGUUGAACGGUAUUCCCAAUGUAAAUAACAGAAUGAGUUCGGACUCUAUAGCGAAUUUAUUAACGAAAGGCAUCGACCAGAAGCCGACGGUCUUAGGAUCAGAGCCAAACUUGGCGAUGAAGAACCAAGAACCGAUAAAGGACAUAAACACGUCCGUGGAGAAAUUGAACUGUUUGGAAAACAAACAAAAGAGGUACAGCCUGAGUCAGGAGAGCAAGAAAGAGAACCAGGAUUUUUACAAUUUUCCGAGUUUGAGCGAUUUGAGCUUUAAUUUCACUAGUUUAGCCGCUCAGAAGAUAUUGAAAGGGGUCAGUAUAAACAGUGUUGAUACACUCGUCGAACUAAACAUGGCUGCGAACAACUCGGAGAAGCAGAACAAUCGUGACGUCGCAGCGGUGUGCACAGACUUCGGCCUUGUAUAGUAAUAACUAAUAAAGUUAACGAUAUUGUUUAAAAAUGUACAAUAGUAGUCUUAACACCGAUAUGUAAGGUAGCUGUAUAACUUAAUCGUAAAUACAUUAUAACAUGCUUUAGAUACGCACUACAUUUAGUUGGAAACAUUUACUCCUAUAAGAUUUUGUACUCCCUACUUAUGGAAUUAUCUUUACCAUUGUAUCCCCUUCUAAAUAAAAUUUUGUUUGUCUUUACUAACUUAUCAUCGAAAAUAUCAACGUAGAAAUUAUUUAAUGCAAUAUUCAUAAUGUAUAAUCGUAAAAUCGUAAUCGGAAAAUUCUUAGUUUGUAGCUCACUUUGAAUGUAAUGAGACAAUAAAUUAAUGUCAUCGUGAGAGCGAGGUGGCCUAACGUGGAUCCUAUGUGAAAAUUUAGUGCCUAACUCCAUUGUCGUAGUAUUAUGAUACAUUUAUAGCCAUAUAAUCUUUCGCUAUCUUGUAGAAUUUAUUCAUUAUGAGUUUUGUUGAAAAUUAUUUUCCGCAUCAGCACUCCUUACUGUGCCAUCACAACACUUCCAGUGAAAAAGUCGAGUACAAACUAGAAUACCUACCACAAAAGAGAUUCCAUCCAACAAUGGGAAUUUAUAGAGAUGAAUUGUAAAAUGUAUGUCAUGUUAAGUGCCAUAAAACCAUAGUAUUACGCGUUAUGUGAGCGUGACAAGCAAUGUGAAUUGGUUAUGGUAAAAUUAUUAUCAUUUAAUGUUUUAAUUUGUUGCUGUACUCGUGUGAAGCAAAGGGUAUUUAUUCAUUAGUGAAUGUAAUCUGAAGUCAUUGCAUAUUAAAUGUUCAGUAAUGCCAUUUGUAAAAAUUUAUUAACAAUAUAAGUUGAUGCUUUAA